AAAUUACAAUGGGGAACAUUGCUAUAAAAGCUUCGAGGAAACUCAUGAGGCCAUUAAAGAAUUUUGCUGUUGAAGCACGAGCCGAGAGAGUGUUAGCAAAGGAAAAGCCAACGCCAGCUCCGUGGCAUCCGACAACGCAGAAAAGAAUUGAUGAAUUAAUUAAAAGUAAUCCAGAUCUAAUAGAUGGGCAACUGGCUAAAAAAGAUGAACUUUUAGGCAACCGCCUCAAACAAAUUUAUGUAACGUCCAGAGACAAACCAAUAAUACCUAAGAAUAUAGAAAAGACACUGCCUGCAGAAAGAAACAAUGUUGAAUCACCAGAAUUUGGCUAUCAAGAGCCAGCCCGAAUAACAAAAGGGAAAUUGAGUAUUCGCCAGGCCUUACUGCUUAUAGGCAAACAUCACCAGGAUCCUGUAAUCCACAAUGCUGUGUCAUUAGCAAAUGAAUACACCAUUCAUCCCAGAGUAUCAGAGAAUAUUCUAAAGUACUUCAAAACCUUUGAAUAUUAUCAGCCCCCAAAAGUCAAAACUCAUAUUCAAGCUAAAGAUUAUAUAACGUUCAAAUCUUUACCCACAGCACAAGAUAAAGAUAAGCCUCUAUUAGGAGAAAAUAGCCUUAAAAGCUGAAUUUAAUCUUCAGUCUCUAUAGUGUUGUAGAAAACGUUCGAAUAAACCAUUUGUUAUUUGCUUGAA